GGUAGCACCCAGGAAAUACCGGGGAUUUGGUGAGGCCUGGCACCGGGAAGGCAGAGCGUGGUAUAUGUGUAUUUGUAUUCGGGCGGCAGUGGGUAGCAGGCAGUUUACCAGGGACAUCCCCCCACCCCUUUUGGGUUGAGUCAACCGGACAGCCCGCAGGCCGAUGAGGUGUGUGUCCCGGGGCCAUGUGGAGCCGCCUCGGAGCUCUCCUGCAGCAGGCCGUGGAAUCGCGAGAGCCGGCGCAGGACCUGCUGCAGUCCUUCGUACAGCACUGGAGGGGGGUCACUCAGUAUUAUCUCGAGACCACAGAUGAGUCUCGCAACGCACGCGACACAGACAUCCCAUGGCGCCUCCGCCAGCUGCUGGAUAUCCUGGUGUACGAAGAGAGGGAACUGAAGAACGGAGAGAAUGGAGACCCUGCUGGGGUUGGAGACCCUGCUGGGCCCUGCAUGGAGUACCUGCUGCAGCAUAAGAUACUCGAGACGCUAUGCACCCUGGCAAAAGCAGAGUAUCCUCCUGGGAUGAGGCAGCAGGUCCUCCUCUUCUACAGCCGUCUGCUUACCAAGGUUCAGCGGCCGCUGCUGCACUACCUGAGCGUCCAUCGGCCUGUGCAGAAGCUGAUCUCUCUGGCCGGACAACCCGGUGUUACUGAUCGCAAAGAAGAGCUGCAGUUUCUGAGUGCUGUGUGCGCCAAGCUGGAGAAGGACCCCUCGCUGCUCAUCCAUGUCCUAGAGGCAGAGGCCGGGGGCAGAUCCGGAGGUGCGGAGCAGGAAGAUGAGGGAUCAUCUGCGGCACCCAAACGCAAACCCAGACAGAACCUGUUCAAAGCUCUGCUCAGACUGUGUAACUGCCGGUCACAGAAAGGGAAGCUGGCGGUGAAAGCGAGGGAAGCGCUAUUAGCGGUGCUCCGAGCCGCGCAGGAGGAAGGCCCAGUGAACCUCAUCGCACGGAGCGACCUGAGCACACUUGUGGCUGAGCAUCUGUGUGAGCUGAGUGCGUGUAUUCCCGCGACCACUCACCCCUACGACAUCACCAUCCAGGAAGACACGGGCUGGAGGACAGAGUUGGGCACAGAGGAUAAGGACAACAUCGGUGAGCACGCAGCCUUAAGGAGGUUCUUCUGUUGGGUGGAAUAUUGCGACUGGUUGGUACGGGAAUCGCACGAGGUGAUUGGCACGGCGAUAUCCAGGUCCGUAGCAGAGAAAUACCUGCUCGGCGUGCUGCAGCCAGAACUACUGGAGGUAUCGGAACUGAGCAUCCUGCGCAGCACAGCUCUACUUACUGCCCUGUUCCAGCACCUCGCUGCCUCCCCGCUACUGCAGCAGCUGCUGAGCUUCGUACUCGGAGAGGAUACCGACCCAGAGAAGAGGAAUGACCGGCGCCCACCGCUCCGGGCCCAGCUUAUCCAGAGGUGCAACCACCUGUCCGAUGAGAUAAGCCUAGCUUCGCUGCGACUUUUUGAGGUGAUUCUCCAGCUGCCGUCGGAAAUUGCCCUCCAUAAUCUCGUGACCCGGAACCUGGAAACACGAGGAUAUCUAAGUGGGGCACAAGAUGAGAGCAAGGGGCUAGACGGAGACGCCUGGGAGGGCACAGAAGAGCUGGAGGAGGAUCCCUAUUUUACGGAGGGCUUCUCGGAUAAUGAGCUGCGACUGACCGAGCGAAACCCAAAGCAGAGGGCAGAACCGGCAGGGAGAGAGCAGAGUGUGAGGAGUUUCCUUUCACUUGUACCCGAGGAGAUGAAGUCUUCAGACUCCGGCUAUGACUCUUACCUGCAGGAUGCCCUGGUGCAGUACCAGGUGCUCUGUAAGGUGACUUCUCGCUGGAAAUGGCCACUGACCCCACAUCCUUUGCUAGCCGGUCACCAAGGGCAGGAAUUUUACGAGGGGCAUUUUCUGGAAGUUCUGUUUGAUCGCCUAGGGGGGAUCUUGGACCAGCCCUACGAAAUGAAUCUCCUCGCCACGUCUUUGCUGGGGCGUCUCGCCCUGUUCCCGCACCCGCACCUCCAGGAGUAUCUGCUCGAUCCCUUCAUCAGCCUGGCUCCCGGGGCUCGCUCCCUCUUCUCUGUCCUUGUCAGGGUGGUCGCAGAUCUCGCCCAGCGAUCGCUCCGGGUGUCUCGUUUCCAAGAAACUCUGUGCCUCGUGAAGCGUCAGCUAUUGGGGGACUCGCCUGACGUGCAGUUGAGUCACACGACCCUGUGUCGCGGAGUUGUUGUCCUGGAGGAGUUCUGCAAAGAGCUGGCGGCGGCAGCUUGCGUGACCCACCACCCUCUUCCAAACUGAUGAGGGCGAUCUUAACGGGGUGCAAAAUACUCAAAUACCCCGGCGGCAACAAAAAGGAACAAACAAACAAAAAGAAAA